AUGUCCUCCUCCGAUCGGGUGGCGACUCUACGCUCUCUUAUCCGCAUACUUACUGCCGCAUCGGAGAUUGUGAUCAAGGAAUGGGAGGCCGAAGACAUGCGAGAGAUCAACGGACUUGCGAAGACAAAUUUGCCUUCUCAUGAACUCUUCGACGCGCAGCGUGCCUUCAUCGGUUCAUGCAAUAUGUGCAUCGACAUCGUUGACGAGCCAUUGAAUCGUCUCCUCGACAUCAGCUAUUCCGUCUCCGCUUCUCGGGCUCUCUUCCUCGCUGUCCUGACCAACAUCCCAGAUAUUCUGGACGGAGGGGAUAAUUUAGAAGGUGUCGCGAUAUCGCAGCUCAGUCGUGCGACUGGCGUUCGCGAGGAUGAGCUAGCUCGUAUACUCCGUUUGUUGUCAACCAAGGCUAUUUUCACUGAGGUUCGUCAAGACCACUUUGCGAACAGCCAUAUCGGACGGAUCUUGGUCAAGAACAAACCGUUGCAAAGCAUAGUGCUCCUUUUGUAUGUCGCAGUGUUCUCGCAAGCGUUGCAACUAGAGUUGUCUAUGCACCAUCUCCCUGCGACACUGCUGGAUUCAAGCAGCACUCGAUCGGCCUUUCAAAGGGCAGCAGGAACAGAGCUGAGCUACUUCGACUACUUUGGGGAAGAGAGGGAACAAGCCGACGCAUUCGCCGUGUCCAAAUAUCCAUAUCUCGACAUCUUUUCGUCGGCGAUGGUGGGAUUCAAUCAAGGCUGUUCGCCUCCUCUUAUUGCCGACUUUCCUUGGGCCUCCCUGAGCCCCGCAACUGUCGUAGAUGUUGGCGGAGGCGUAGGCAGUAUGUCCCUAGACCUCGCAAAAGCUUUUCCAAGUUUGCGCUUCGUGGUCCAAGAUCUUCCGGUCGUCAUUGAACAAGCUCGAGCCGUAUGGGAGACAGAGUACGCAGAAGCAGUCAGUACUGGACGUGUUCAGUUGAUGGCGCACGACUUCUUGAUGGAACAACCUGUUAAAGCGGCCGAUGUCUAUAUGCUGCGCUAUGUGCUACACGAUUGGCCUGACGAUAAAUGUGUUGCAAUUUUCAGCCGCCUGCGGGAAGCGAUGGGUCCGAAGUCCCGUAUUCUCGUGGCGGAGAUGGUGAUACACCCUACGAGCGGAUCAACUUGGCUGAAGAAUGCACCGAGGCCGCUACCUGCCAAUCACGGGCAACCCCACGAACGCACGCCGGAGCAAUUCGCGGGCAUAGCGAAGCGGGCUGGGCUGGAAGUCAAGAAGAUAUGGGAAUGUCGCGGACCUAUUAGCAUUGUCGAAAUGUGUACAGGAUAA